CCCUCUCGCUCUCCUCCCUCUUCCCGGCUCCAGCUCCGCCGCCAGCUCCGGCCUUUGCUCCCCCUCCCAGAGUCCCCUCCCCGGAGCGGAGCGCACCUAGGGUCCCUCUCCCUUCCCCCCAGCCCAGCCUCCCGUUCAGACCAGCAGCCUCGGGGGGCAGCCCCCCGCCAGCCUGCCUCCCUCCCACUCAGCCCUGCCAGGGCCCCCCAGCCAUGAAUCUCUUCCGAUUCCUGGGAGACCUCUCCCACCUCCUCGCCAUCAUCUUGCUACUGCUCAAAAUCUGGAAGUCCCGUUCGUGUGCCGGAAUUUCAGGGAAGAGCCAGGUCCUGUUUGCUGUGGUGUUCACUGCCCGAUAUCUGGACCUCUUCACCAACUACAUCUCACUCUACAACACGUGUAUGAAGGUGGUCUACAUAGCCUGCUCCUUCACCACGGUCUGGUUGAUUUAUAGCAAGUUCAAAGCCACUUACGAUGGGAACCAUGACACAUUCAGAGUGGAGUUCCUGGUCGUUCCCACAGCCAUUCUGGCAUUCCUGGUCAAUCAUGACUUCACCCCUCUGGAGCCUUGCUGUGUCGCCCAGACUGGAGUGGGGUGGCAUGAUCUUAGCUCACUGCAACCUCUGCUUCCCGGGUUCAAGAGAGUCUCAUGCCUCAGCAUCCCGAGUAGCUGGGAUUACAGGCAGCGGCCACCAUGCCCAGAUCCUCUGGACCUUCUCCAUCUACCUGGAGUCGGUGGCCAUCUUGCCGCAGCUGUUCAUGGUGAGCAAGACUGGCGAGGCGGAGACCAUCACCAGCCACUACUUGUUUGCGCUGGGCGUUUACCGCACGCUCUAUCUCUUCAACUGGAUCUGGCGCUACCAUUUCGAGGGCUUCUUCGACCUCAUCGCCAUCGUGGCAGGCCUGGUCCAGACAGUCCUCUACUGCGAUUUCUUCUACCUCUAUAUCACCAAAGUCCUAAAGGGGAAGAAGUUGAGUUUGCCGGCAUAGCCCCGGUCCUCUCCAUCUCUCUCCUCGGCAGCGGCGGGAGGCAGAGGAAGGCGGCAGAAGAUGAAGAACUUUCCCAUCCAGGGGUGACUUUUUUAAGAACCCACCUCUCGCGCUCCCCAUCCCGCCUCCUGCCGGGUUUCAGGGGGACAGUGGAGGAUCCAGGUCUUGGGGAGCUCAGGACUUGGGCUGUUUGUAGUUUUUUGCCUUUUAGAGAAGAAAAAAAAAAAUCUUUCCACUCUUUAGUUUUUGAUUCUGAUGACUCGUUUUUCUUCUACUCUGUGGCCCCAAUUUUUAUAAAGUGUUUUUGAGUGUCCUGUGGGCCAGGGCAGGGUCCAAGAUCUUUUCCCUUCCCCAGGCCCCUCGGCUCCCUCCCAGAUCCCACCCCCAGCCCCACUGGUUGCCAAACACUAAAUCUACCGACACCCAUCUGCCCCACCUCCUGCUAUGGCCAUGAACCGCAACCCCCCCUAAAUUUCUAGGUUGGGGAUAGGGAGAAAGGGAGGCCCAGGAAGGUCUCCCCUGAUUUUUUUUCAUAGUAAUUUUUUCCCCCAGAGUUUGAGUUUUUUGGUCUUCUCAUGGUUUUUUGGCAAAUUAGGGGGGCCCGGGGCUCAAGUGCAGGAAGGGGGCUGGGCCGAGGGUCCCAUGGCUCUCACACCAUGUUUUUGUACAGAACUGAUGGUUGAUUCUUUGUUCUCUUGAAAUAAACAGAAGAAAAUGAAACCUUU